AUGGAGAAUCAGCAGGGCCUGAGGAAGCCUCUGGCAGAGAGGAGAGCUGAGUCUCUGGACAAGUCGCAGAUCCCCAGGAGCGACUCGGAGUCGUGCAACUGCCGGUGCCUCUCCCUGACCACUGGCUCCUCCAGGAGGUCACUUCGCCAAACGGCCAGCGAUAGGGCCAGAUGCACUGAGAGCCCAGCUCAGUCUGCAGAGGAUCAGGUCACCCAGGAGGCAACCCUCGCUCUAGGGGAGGCAAGGGAGUUUCUCCCCAGUGAGCAGAGGCCCCCACAAGACAUCAAGAAGGACAAGGCCCAGAGAUGGGCCCAGCAGGGGUGGCUGAAGACCUUGCUGAACUUCUUCCUGAGGACAGGCCCUGAGGAGCCCAAAGAGAAGGGCAGCAGAAGGCCAAAGGGGAGGGAGGGCCUCCCCCAGCCCACAGAGCCCCCCGAGGCACCAGGGGAGCCAGCCCUCGGGAAGAAAGCCCACGACAAGAAGGCCUGCUGCAACAAACAUGGUCACAAGAAGCAUGUUGCCAAGGAAACCAAGGGGGCUGGAGGCCAAGUGACGGCUGCUGCCUUGUGCUUGGCGGAGGAUGACCCAGGCCCGGCUCACAGGGGUGGAGAACGUUCUGAUUAUCAGGCUUUUCUCAUUGAAGGGGAUGGUGCUGGAGUGUCAGACGUUUCUCCCCAAGCCACAGGCCACCAGCAAGAAGAGGAACUCAAAAAGCCUGAUGAGGAUGCUAUCAUCCAGAUGAUAGUGGAAUUGCUCAAAAAAGAGGGAGACGAGUGGGAAGAAAAGCAACUUCAAGCCCUUCAGACAGAGGGGGCUCCCCAAAAUCCAGCACCAGCCUCCAGGAAGAAAUCCCAAGAGAAAAAGUCCAGCCUCAAGAGAGCCUUUUCUCUUAAGAAACAUGGCUCUGAAGAGUCCAAGAGAGUGGGGGCUGCAGAUGUCUCCAGCCCAGAGACCCGGCUGCCCAGGAGGCCCAAUUUUCUGCCCCUGUGUGUUGGUGGCCAUCGGCCCUCCAUCUCCAACAGCCUUGACUUGGAAGAAGCCGAAGGCCAAGAGACCUUGUCUAUAGAUGGUGGGAGUCCAAGUCCCUCUGAGCUUCCCACCCAGGCAGGCAGCCGGGGACCUGAAGAAGAGCUGCAGCCAGACAUAGUCUCAGAAUCCAAAGAAUUCAUCCAGAAGAUUAUUGCCCUACUCCGAGAUCCGGAGGAGCAGUGGGGAGAGAAGCAACCUCAAGUCCAGGAGGAGGAGGUGGCUGUAGAAAAGCAAUCCUCACCCUGCAGAAGGAAGAACCAACAGAAAAAGUCCAGCCUCAAGAGAGCCUUUUCUCGUAAGAAAUAUGGCUCCAAAGAGCCCAAGACGGUGGGUGCUGCAGGUGUUGCCAGUCCAGACACCCCACCGUCUAGGAGGCCCACCUUUCUGCCCCUGUGUGUUGGUGGCCAUCAGGCUUUCAUCUCCUGCAAUCCAGACGGUCUCAAGUUCCAGGAGCCCUCGCCUGCAGAAGCGAGACCAGUUGGGUUCUCAGAAGCACCUUCCUGGGCCAGGAGCCGCAAGCCAGAAGGGGGACCUCAGCCAGAUGGAGCAUGUGAAUCUAAGGAGCUCCUCAUCCAGAGGCUGGUGGCGCUUCUCCAGGAAGUGGACGGCCAGCUGGGGACACAGAUCAGGCGACACCCCAGCUAUAAGAGGUUUUUUUACACGUUCUCAGACUCCUCCCUCAAAAAGCUGACCGCCAUCCUGCGCAGCCAGGAGGCCCAUUCCCCUGCACUGGGCAGGAACCUCGUCAAGAGACCCUACGAGUUUGACUUCAUGUUGGCUAACAAAUUUGCUGGCAGCGAUAGCCUCGCCAUCUGCACCCUCAUGGGCCUAAGAGACCACUACAGUUACACUCAGUUCUCAUGCAGGGAGCCCCAGCCGAACAUUACAAGUCCUGAGAGUCAGAGUCCAGAUUGA